UGACAGCCCUCUGGUCUCCAGGAGAAGAUGCAGGUCUGCGCUGUGUGAGUGCGUGUCUGCGUGGAGAAGCGGGUCCGGGUGGGGCUCCCGGCAGGUGGUGGCCCGCGCCCUGAGGCGAGCUGGUGUGCUUCCCGCGUGCCUGCCGCUUUGGUGGGGUUUAUGAUCUGCUGUGCUCGUUCGCAUUCAAAAGAUGGAGUUCAUAUUCCAAGGCUGAAGAUGGUGGACAUUUGGGGGCACAGAUAAGCCUUCGGAUCAGGUUUUUACCCAUCUCCGACGACGCGGCCCGAGUAGUUAUGGUCAAUUAUGGAGAAUAACCAGGAAACUCAUCCCAAAAGGGAUGGUGAAUUGGUUUCUGAUAAAAUAAAUUUUAAAAUAGAAGAGGAAGAUGGUGUUCGCAUCCCUAAUCACAGUUUGGAAGGAGUGGCGAUUAAGAGGGAGCAGGACAGGCCCGGGGCGGAGCGAGGUGGGGAGCAGACAGAGGCAAGGGAGGCGGGCGGGGGCCGCGAGCCCCACGGGCAGUGCCUCCCCGCCGACCAGGAGGAGGAGUAUGGGGCUCUGUUCUCCCAGUACAGCAGCACACUGUACGACUUGGCCACGGAGGCCGUGACGCAGAGCCUCCUCUUGGGCCGGGGCGCAGGCUCCAGGAAGAAGUCGCCGGCCUGGAAGCAUUUCUUCAUCUCCCCGCGGGACAGCACGAAAGCCAUCUGCACGUACUGCAUGAAGGAGUUCAGCGGAGGGAAGAAUGAGAAGGACCUGAGCACCAGCUGCCUCAUGCUGCACGUGAGGAGGGCGCACCCCACCAUGCUGGGCCAGGAGACCUGCGGCGGCUGGCCGGCCCUGCCCUCCCUGUCGCCCCCGCCUCUGCGGCUGCCGCCACAGCCCGCCAACGCCGGAGACCUGGGCGCCACGCGCUCACCCCUCAAGCUCGCCCCAAAGCUGGCAUCCAAGGUGCUGUCCCCCUACGACGUGACGGAGGAGCCUGUGGUCCCCUCUGAAGACGUCCCCCCAGACACGUCUGCCCCUGAUAGGUAUGGGCGGGAGGAGUCCCUGGGGGGGCCGCCGCACCUGCCCCCGCUGCCAGGCGAGGAGAGCGCGGAGAACAGGCUGGAGAGAAACCCGCCACUCCCCAAGGGCACGUCGGGGUCCCGCAGGCGGUCGGCUGUGUGGAAGCACUUCUACCUGUCGCCGCUAGACAACUCCAAGGCCAUGUGCGUCCACUGCAUGAACGAGUUCAGCCGGGGCAAGAACGGGAAGGACCUGGGCACCAGCUGCCUCAUCAGGCACAUGUGGCGGGCAUACUGCUCCAUCCUGCUGCUGGAGAACGGCGGGGGCUCGGGCAUCCCGCCGCUGUACGCCGCGCCCCCCACGCUGCUGCCCGCCCUGCCGCCUCCCGACGGAGACCCGGCUGCCCGGGCGUCCCCCUCGGCGUCCUUCCCGGACCGGCUGCCCGAGGAGCUGCAGGUGCGUCUGAGCGCCAGAGACCCGCUGACGGAGGACACUGCGCCGGCCUCGGACGACGUGGGCGCGGCCUCGCUGGCGUCCUCCCCAGAGAAGAUGCAGGCUGGCGGCCUGAGCCCCGGCCCGCUGGACUGUGGCGCUGGGUCCCAGCAGAGAAAGGAGGUGAUAAAGAGGCUGAAGUCGGAGGUGUGGCAGCACUUCUCGCUGGCGCCCACCUACAGCCUCAAGGCCCUGUGCCGACACUGCGCCUGCGUCAUCAGUCGGGGCCGCAGGGGCGACGUGGGCACCAGCUGUCUGAUGCGGCACCUGUACCGCCGGCACGCAGACGUCCUGGGCGCCCCGAACGGCGCGCUGGGCGCCAGCCUGGCCAACUCCCCCUACGCCACGCUGGCCUCAGCGGAAGGCGCCGCUUCCAGAUCGAGUGACCUGCCCUCCCUGGUCCCGAGAAACAGUCCGGUCCUCUUUCCUGUGAGCAGCAAGAAGACCUCCAAGCUGUGGAACCACUUCUCCAUCUGCUCCGCGGACCCCACGAAGGUCGUGUGCCUGCACUGCGGCCGCACCAUCAGCCGGGGCAAGAAGCCCACCAACCUGGGCACCAGCUGCCUCCUGCGCCACCUGCAGCGGUUCCACAGCGGCGUGCUCAAGGCCGACGCGCCCCGGGCCGCGCGGCCUUCCUCGCCCGGCCCGCGGGGGCCCCUGAGCGCCCAGCUGCCCGGAGCCACCUCCUUCGAAGACCCCAACGAGAAGUUCUACGAUUCUCAUCCCGUUGCCAAAAAAAUCACGAGUCUCAUAGCUGAGAUGAUUGCACUCGACCUCCAGCCAUACUCCUUCGUAGACAACGUUGGCUUUAACAGGCUGCUUGAAUACUUGAAACCUCAGUACUCUGUACCCUCCCCAUCCUACUUCUCGAGGACGGCCAUCCCAGGGAUGUACAAUAAUGUGAAGCAGGUAGUCCUGUCGCACCUGAAGGAGGAGGAGAGCUGCGUGGUCCACUUCACGUCCGGGAUCUGGAUGAGCACGCAGACCCGCGAGUACCUGACGCUCACCGCCCACUGGGUCACCUUCGCAUCGUCGGCCCGGCCGUACCUCGAGGACCACCACAGCUCGGCCCUGCUGGACGUGUCGCAGGUGGACUGCGACUACAGCGGCAGCAGCAUCCUGAAGCAGCUGGAGGGCUGGUGGGAGGCCUGGGUGACGUCCAGCGACCUGCAAGUGGGCAUCACAGUCACCGACAACCCGAGCAUCGGGAAGAUGCUGAGCGAGGGGGAGCGGGCCGGCGGGCAGUGCUUCAGCCACACGGUCAACCUGGUGGUCAGCGAGGCCCUCAAGAGCCAGCGCAUGGUCCAGAGCCCGCUGAGCACCGCGCGGAAGCCGUGCAAGCGGGUGCAGCGCUCGCCCCGGGCCAAGGAGAAGCUGGCGGGGCUGCAGAGGGCCUAUGGGCUGCCGCCGCACCACCUCCUGCAGGACGUCCCGUCCAGGUGGAGCACGUCCUUGCUAUCUAGAUAA